GGAGAAGCACGUGAUUCACGAGGCCGUUCUUUCUCCGGCGAAAAUGAUCUUAAUACAUUCAACGCCGAUCUAUAAAUAGUUGUCGGAAAGAAAUUGAUUGAACAGAGAACCAGAGAGAGCAACUGCCAUGGAUGCGAUUGAACACACCACCAUCAACACCAAUGGCAUCAAAAUGCACAUUGCCUCCAUAGGCACAGGCCCCGUCGUUCUUCUUCUCCACGGCUUUCCCGAGCUCUGGUACUCAUGGCGCCACCAGCUUCUCUACCUUUCUUCCGUCGGAUAUCGAGCCAUUGCGCCGGACCUCCGCGGCUAUGGCGAUACCGACUCUCCGGAAUCGCAUACUUCCUACACUGCGCUCCAUAUUGUCGGCGAUUUGGUUGGGGCUUUGGAUGAGCUUGGGAUUGAGAAGGUGUUUCUUGUAGGGCACGAUUGGGGGGCGAUCAUCGCGUGGUACUUUUGCCUGUUUAGACCUGAUAGAAUCAAGGCCUUGGUGAAUCUGAGUGUUCAGUUCUUCCCUAGAAAUCCGGAAAUUUCUUUCAUCGAACGAUUCAGAGCUGUGUAUGGUGAUGAUUUCUAUAUGUGCAGGUUUCAGGUUCCAGGGGAGGCAGAAGCAGAUUUUUUCUGCAUCGACACAGCUCAACUCUUCAAGGUAACACUAUCUAAUAGAAGUACUCAUGCUCCAUGCUUGCCUAAAGAGUACGGAUUUCGCGCGAUCCCGCCGCCUGAAAGCCUUCCAUCUUGGUUGACAGAAGAGGAUAUCAACCAUUAUGCUUCCAAAUUUAAGGAGACGGGCUUCACUGGAGCAUUGAACUACUAUCGCGCUUUUGACCUAACCUGGGAGCUGACAGGGCCAUGGACGGGAGCACAGAUUCAGGUGCCCGUGAAAUUCAUCGUUGGAGAUUUGGACAUAACAUAUCAUUUUGAAGGAGCCAAGGAAUAUAUCCAUAAUGGGGGAUUCAAAAGGGACGUGCCAUUGCUGGAGGAAGUUGUUAUUGUAGAAGAUGCUGGUCACUUCGUCCACGAAGAAAGGCCUCAUGAAAUCAAUACUCACAUUCAUGACUUCUUCAACAAAUUUUGACCUCCAUUUGCAUUGGUGUAUUGUUUCACCUGUUUAUCAUCUUUCUUUCAAAAUUGCCAAAAUUAUAUGCCCAUCUUUUAAUCUUAUUUCAAAGUCGAA